GGGCACGGCGCGCGGCGAGGAUUGUGACGCAAGCACGCAGCGUGCUCGGUGCGCAGGCGCUUUCGGCGGCGAAUCGGCGGUUUCCGGUUCCGCCGCCCUCUUUCUCUUCAACCAGGCGGCCGAGCAGACGCAGAGAUGCAGAUCUUUGUGAAGACCCUGACGGGCAAGACCAUCACCCUUGAGGUCGAGCCCAGUGACACCAUUGAGAAUGUCAAAGCCAAAAUCCAAGACAAGGAGGGCAUCCCACCUGACCAGCAGCGUCUGAUCUUCGCGGGCAAACAGCUGGAGGAUGGCCGCACUCUGUCAGACUACAAUAUCCAGAAAGAGUCCACCCUGCACUUGGUGCUUCGUCUGCGAGGCGGCAUCAUUGAGCCUUCCCUCCGCCAGCUCGCUCAGAAAUACAACUGCGACAAGAUGAUCUGCCGCAAGUGUUACGCCCGCCUGCACCCCCGUGCUGUCAACUGCCGCAAGAAGAAGUGCGGCCACACCAACAACCUGCGCCCCAAGAAGAAGGUCAAGUAAAACUCCUCCACCGGCUUCUCCUUUGCCCCCAGGGCGGCCUCCUGCCCAAUCCCCGUGGUCCUGGGGCCUCAAUAAAGUUUCCCUUUCGUUGACUGGAGCAGUAA